GUCAUCUCUUUCAUUACUGCUCUUACCCCUUUUUUUCCUUCUAUCGAUUUCAGUACUCUCCCCUGAAAUUCUUAGUCUAUUCUAGUAUAAUCAAUAGUUGUUCUUUUUCUUUAAGAAAUGUGUGGCGGUGCAAUCAUAUCUGAUUUCAUCUCCCGCAGCCAGCAGCGGCGCCCCGUCACCGCCAAUGACCUCUGGCCCAACUCCCCUUUCGACAAAGAUCCCAACUUUAACUUCAAUUUCGGCCAAACCUGCUGUGAUAAUUCAAUGUCUUACUCUGAAAAACCCCUAGCCCAUUCCUCGUCAGGUACUUUCUGGUUCAUUUUCUUUCUUAAAAAGCAAUUUUCUCCCCCCGGUUUUAGUUCCUUGAUCCCAUUUUGGGUCUUUUUUUUCACCUUUUAUUUUGUGGGUUUUGAUUUUGGAAUAUAUGCAAACAGUUGAUGAGCAAGCGGGGAAGAAACCGAAGAGGCAGAGGAAGAAUCUGUUCAGAGGCAUAAGGCAACGUCCCUGGGGCAAAUGGGCGGCGGAGAUUCGCGAUCCGAGAAAAGGCGUUCGGGUUUGGCUGGGAACGUUCAACACCGCCGAGGAAGCUGCUCGCGCCUACGACAGAGAGGCCCGGAAAAUUCGCGGCAGAAAGGCCAAAGUCAAUUUUCCCAAUGAAGAUGAUGUGUUCCCCGCCCAACAUAAUGUUCAGAACCGCCGGAACGAGAACAACUGUACCCAUAACUCAGCCACUGUGUGGAAUCCAAGUCCCAAUCCAAUCCCAACAGUUUGUCCACAGGGUGGAAACGCUAAUUUGAACAGUGGUUAUGGGUUUGGCUAUGACUUGAACAACGAGAUUGGGGCAUUUGCUACUGAGCCAAUUGUCAUAUCCGGUGAGGAAAAUUCUGGGUCUGGUUCGGAAGGAACGCACUCAUCAGUUGACCAAAAUGUGAACAGUGUUGAGUAUUACGGUCAAGUGAAAGCGGAGCAGCAGGAGGAGGGGAAGCCAGAGAACAAGGAGACAGCGGCGGCGACAGCUCAAGAGGAGGAGAAUGAAGUCCAGAAGCUCUCUGAAGAGCUAAUGGCUUUCGAGAACUACAUGAAGUUGUGCCAGAUUCCGUACGAUGGGCAAUCACAGCCGCAAAACACCGCUGCUCAACAGGACAGUGUCUUGGGUGAUCUUUGGACUUUUUGAUGAAUUGCGGCGGUGAUUAUGUGUUGCGGAUGUUACCUCUUCCAAUGACCCCACCUGCCAUAUCGAUAUUUUCCUGUGAAUUAACUUGUUUAGAGUUGGAAAUUGACGUUUGGGGUCGUUUUAGUUCUUUGUUUUUGUAUUAGGAUGUGCAUCUUAGUUUUGUUAAAAUCCUAAAUGUAUUUUAAAAUUUUAAAAUUAUGAAAAUGCAAUGAUGUUUUUAUUUAAGAGGAUAAUAAUGCAUAUUAAUUAU